GGAGAGAGAAUGCGUUUGAUUUUGAGUGUUGCCUUCCUGCAACGGGAUGGCGGCGGAGCCCGGGACAGGUGAACGAGGCGAGCGUUCUGCGUGACUAUUUUUGAACAGUUUGUGAAUGAUGAUGAAUAAAGCGGACGACGGGGACAGUAUCGUGUCCCGCUUGACCCGGAACGACAUUGACUUCAGCCCCAAAGACUUCAAUGUCGUCGCCCUGCUCCAUAACUUCUGGGAGCAGAAACAGGCGGGUCACGCGGACGGCUCUUGCCCCGGCUCAGACGGUUCUGCGACGGAUGCGGCGGCUCAGGCGGAGAGCCUGCUCCUGUACGAAUCUGCCGGUUCUCCGGGUCCGCCGUUUGUCUGCUUCGUCACACUGCCCGGAGGAAGCUGCUUUGGGAACUAUAAGCUGUGCAACACUCAGGCAGAGGCCCGUCGAGAUGCCGCCCGAGUGGCUCUGAUGAACUCGCUGGUCAACGAGCUGCCUUGCCGACGCAUCUGCCCGCAAUUCAUCGCUCAGAGUCUGCAGCAGGCCACCGUAGACACUGAUGUGAGCUUUUACACGUGCGGCAUUGGCACUUUUCAUGCAUUUAGAUUGACUUUCUGUGUUGUCUGUGGUCAGGUUUCAAUUGAGGAUGCGAAGGAUUCGAGCACACACAUUGGAACAUACAGUCUGCUUCUGCACUCUUACAUGGGAAGGACCAUGCUGGAGUUCCAGGAGAUGAUGACAGUUUUUCAGCUGUUGCACUGGAACGGGACAUUAAAAGCUCUGCGAGAAAGGCAAUGCUCCCGUCAGAGCGUGAUUGCCUAUUACACCCGGCGCGGCCUUGACGAGUACACGCGCAGCAGCAUGGCCCUGGACUGGCUCGGGCGGGAGCAGAGGUCGCCGGGCCGACUGGGCGAGGAGCUGCGGGCGGCGCAGAGGGAGCUGCUGUCGGCCAGGCGCCGAGGCGUCGAACUCCGCUUUUACAAGGAGAAGACGGUCAUCCUCUCCUUGGCUCUCAGUCAAGCGUAUAUUCACCCCACGCCCGAGGUUCGCGCCCAGGCGCGCGACGACAAGGAGGAACAAAUCCCCUUGCAAAUAUUGAGCCCCCUUGAUAUGGAAGUGGCGGCCACGCCAUCCUGCAGCCCGUCACCAUCCCUCCACGGACACGCAAACGCGGCGGUUUGCGAAAAUUGCGGCAGGAACUUUCCCUCCGGUCGUUACGCAACCUGCUCGGUUUGCGCGCGCGUCCGUCCACGAAAGCGGAAUGUAUUCGAGGAUACAUGAAAUUUCAACGUUUCGAGAGCUUUUCGACAGGGCGUAAUAGCAUGUCUGUGAUGCUGCACAAUUAUGUCAUUACAAAGUAAUUCAGUUGUAUAGGAUUUGGAUAUCACGAAAUACUAAUGUAUGAGUGUGCAUUUCAUUUAUGAAAUCUAAAAUCAAGCAUUUUCAAGCAUAAAUAGCAUUCACAUUGAGUAGGAAGGAACAUUCUAUGUAUCAUUUCAACUAUAUCUGCGACUGGCCGGUACGUACCCCGCCUCCAGCUCGAAGAUAGCUGAUGCUCCAGCACUCCUGCGAUUUUUGUGAGGAUAAGCGGCUCAGAAAAUGGAUGGAUUUCAGCUAUAUUUUGGAAUUAUACAACCUCCCCCACUGCACUCAGCAAUUUACUGCCAUAUUCCACCUGCCUUGUCAUUCAGUACGUGCGAUUGACUCCCAAAAGCAACUGUGAAAUAUGCUUGAAAGUUAUUAAUAUUAAGUUACAGCAGGGCACAGCAACCUUUUUGAGGCUGAGGGCUGCUUCGUGAGGGCCGAUCGUAUGAAGGGCUACGUGACCUGUUUGCGGCAAAUUUCGGACUCAGUUCAUCACACCUACAUUAAAUAUUUUUGAUUUGUUUAUUGUAGUAAUUGACAUUACAGGUAUUUCAACAUUUUAAUUCACGUAAGCAAGUCAGAUUCAGAAUUUAAAGCACAAAUAUUAGCCAGAAUUUGUGGCCUGCGCUAUUUUUAGAACAUACCUUACAUUCGCCUUAUAUGGCCCUCGCGGGCUACCAUUCGCCAGCGGGCACCGCGUUGGUGACCCCUGCCAGAGUUAUACAAUUAUCUCAUAAACCGAGUUAUACGAUUCAGUCUAAAUUGUGUGUUCGAUGAGAUUACAUAAUAAUACACUAAUACUGAUGGAGAAAAGGGA